CUUAAGUGCGCAGUCUCUCUUCUCAUUUCCCUUGCUGUUCUUUGCCCUCUCUCUCUCUCUCUUUCCUUUUCUAUCUUCCUGUUUCUCUCAUAGUUUAAAAGUUGAUGUGUAAUUGAAAUCUAUCAUUACAGAAAGCCCAUUCUCCAGUUAUCUUUGUAAGUGCUUCAGAAAUCAAAAUGGCUGACCGCACCGUUCCUCAUGCUUACCCGAUGAGUAUGAAUUAUGAGAUGUGUUCUCCCCCUCGAAUCUAUGAUCAGAACUUUGCUGAAGCUCUGAGUCCCCAGGACCUGUUGGCCCCUGUCCUGUAUCAUGGUUACUACAUCCGACCUCGAAUCAACAAGCAGCUUGAGAGGGGUUUCUCCCAGAUAGACAAUGAAGAUGAUUGGUAUAGAGUGUUGCUGGAUGUGUGCCAGUUCACACCGGAUGAGAUAAGUGUGCGAACAGUGGACAACUUGUUGGAAGUGACAGGGCGGCAUGCUCAGAGAAUGGACCAACAUGGCUUUGUGAGCCGAGAUUUUACCCGUACGUACAUCUUGCCAAUGGGUGUGGAUCCGUUGCUUGUGCAGGUGUCUCUCUCUCAUGACGGGAUACUGUGUAUACAGUCACCACGGAAGACUGAGGACCUGGAGCCAAAGAUCAACCAACUGCAGAUUAAAGUGGACAAGAAGGAAAGCAAGAGUUCCUAGAGUGGACUAAGAUAUGUUAGCUAUUUAAAUAAAAAUCGAAGUCCCCUCACAAUAAGUGUGUCCACUCACUGCAUGCAGUUUUAGAGUGCACAAUAGAGCUUAUCAGGUUGUGUUCCUAAAACCUGGAUGAAAAUGUUCAUUUUCAAGAGAUGGGUUUCCUUGGGAAUUUCCAGGGGGUUUUAUUAUCAGUAAAAUAAGGUCUGUGUCUAACAUUACUAAAGAGACUUUCGCGUUGUGUUAUACAACAUAAAUUACAUUUGUUAUGUUAUGUUUGGAAUAGCAUACUAUCAUGCUACUCUUCAUGUUUUCCUGCUUUAUCGUUAUACAGCAGAAAUAGAAAGAGUAAUAUGAAAGUAUGCUAACAUUGGAGGACUGUGAAAUUUAAGUUGGUGUAUACAAAAUGUGAAAGUCUCAUACAAGUUAUGUUAUACAUAGACCUUGCUUUACUCAUAAAUUCUAUAUCCCUCUAUUCUAAAAUCCCAUUGGAAAUUCCAGAGAAAACCCAUGGUGAAUUAGUCUUCUGGAUUGGCAACAAAUUGACAUCAUGACUGCUCAACCCUAUUUAAAAAUAUAUUUUAAUGUAAAAUUACAUUAGUAGGCAUAUUUUUACAGCAACAUUGGCUGAACCAAUAGUGUGAUCUAUUUGUCCGGCCAGACAUUAAGUAUUUGGGACAUGCCAAAUCCAUUUCGAAAUUCAGUUUGGUGUCAAUAGGGUUCAUAUUCUGUAAAUAACUGGAUUAAAAGAUCCUCCCAUUGGAAAGGCAAGUGUCAUAAAGAUGUUGUUUGGUUAAAAUGUAGAGUAAAUUCACAUUACAUACAGUAAUUGUUAUUAUUAGUAGUGCUGCAAACUACAUUUCCAGCAUUCAAUCAUUUUUAAUUUACGACAAAUUGGUUUAUGAAUAGACACAGUUUUGUGUUAUAUUGUAACAAAAAAUUGACUGUUAUAAGUACGUUUCUUCUGUUGUGGUCAGGUUUACACUUGAAAUCAGGGAUCUGUAAAACAGAACACACUGGAAUUCUAUGAGACACAUAAGUUCCUACGGUUAGGGCUAACCAUAUUUCAUGGAAGAAGGGCUGUCAAAGGAUCUGUCAAAGCGUGAUGGGAUUGGUCAAGGAAUGAGAACUGGAUAAAGAAAUAAAAUGGCCAUAUAUACAUUUAUUGCUUGUUAAAUUAUGUUUUACAAUAAACCUACGA